AUGGUGACUGGGCAGCUGUCUUCAUCGUAUUAUCUUCUCCAGCAUGAACCGAAUCUAGAUGGGCUCCAGGAGUAUCAACAGUCCAAUCAUGUUAGUCGUUUUUUCUGUAAGACAUGCGGUGCCCACGUCUUUGCUCGCUCGCAGCCUGGACAGUUCCUAGUUGCUUCGGGUUUGUUGGCAGCAAAGGACGUUCCCUCGGUCCGAGCGAUUGAGCACUGGCAAAGCAGCGAUACCGGUGACGGUGGACUCAGUGCACUGCUUCCUGGAACGGAGUCUCCCGCCACAGGCUGCAGGUUACAUACCUCAACCAGCAUCGAGAGUCCCAGCCGAGAAUCAGUAAACCUGGCGGAAUAUACAUCAACAAGCCAGCAUUUGCGGGCACAUUGCCUCUGUGGAGGAGUUGAGUUUUAUAUCACCAAGCCCGAUGUGUCAUCCUUGAAAGCAUCCUCGCCAUGGCCAGAUCUCCUGGUUCCAUACUACUCCGGGUCUGGAGCGAAUCCUGAUGAUAUCAAAUGGUGGUUGCGAGAUGGUGAUACAAAAUAUAUUUCAGGAACUUGUACCUGCAACAGCUGUCGGUUGAGCAGUGGGUUUCCAAUUCAGACCUGGACAUUUGUGCCCAAAUCCAACAUCUUGAAUGCAGACGGGUCAGCACUUAUGUUUGGUGCAGGUACCAUGCAGCGGCAUGAAAGUUCACCAGGGGUAUACAGAGAAUUCUGCGGCUGCUGUGGGGCUACUGCCUUUUGGCAUUGCGAUGAACGACCACUGCUGAUUGAUGUGAGUGUGGGCUUGCUCCAGGCAAAUGGUGCUAGAGCCGAGGACUGGUUGGAAUGGGUAACAAGUCGUGUCAGUUUUGCUGAGAUGGCGAUACAACAUGAUUUGAUUCAUAUUCUAGAGGAGGGCCUCAAGGCCUAUUCAAAGCAAAAUUAA